UCGAAAUUGUCAGAACAUGCUCAUUCGCGGCGUUGUUUGUCUGUGAGGAUGCGAAGGGCCGCACUCUGUGCACUCGGGAGAGGAUUCAUCCAGCCCGUAUCACGAUCAAUCACACGGCGUCCUAACCUGUUACCCAAAGCUGUAUUGGCGACGAACCAGCAAAGAACCCUGACCCAAGUUUCCGCUGCGGACCUUCAAUUUGGACAGCCUUUACACGAGACACAUCCACAUCUGCUGAAGCCUGGAGAAUUAACUCCUGGCAUCACCGCACUUGAAUAUGCCGAACGACGCGCGAACCUCGCUCGCCAGCUUCCCACAGGAAGCUGUGCUGUAUUGGCUGCUUCAGAGCUAAAAUUCCGUUCUGGGGCCGUAUUUUAUGAGUUUGGCCAAGAUACAGACUUCUAUUACUUGACUGGAUUCAUGGAGCCGGAAGCUUUGGCAAUCAUUGAAAAGACGGGCGAAGGCGACGAACAUACUUUCCACCUCUACGUACGUCCCAAAGAUGAGCAUGCGGAAAAAUGGGAAGGCUUUCGCUCAGGUGUCCAAGCCGCCGAAGACGUCUUCAACGCUGACGAGGCUGGCGACAUAACCCGCAUCUCGAAAUUCCUACCCAACAUCCUCCGCCGCUCCACCACCGUAUACACCGACCUGCCAGCCCCUUUCAACCCUUCCUCCCCCUUCGGCAAAUACAUCUCUGGCCAUACCAAAUCUAGCUCCUCAGGUCUUCCCUCUCUCCUCUCCGAGCUCUCCCGCUCUACCCUCAAACCUUUGCGCCCGCUCCUCAACAACCUGCGCAUCAUAAAGUCCCCUUCCGAAAUAGCAUGUAUGCGCCACGCCGGGCAGGCGUCCGGCCGCGCCUUCACAGCCGCCAUGCGGCAAGCCUUCAAGGGCGAGAAAGAUCUCUGGGCGUUCCUCGCAUAUAAGUUCAAGACAAACGGAUGUGAUGGCGAAGCAUACGUGCCUGUCGUCGCAGGCGGCGCUAAUGCAUUGAGCAUACACUACGUGCGCAACGACGCGUUGUUAGAUCCAAAACAUCUUGUGCUCGUAGACGCCGGCGGGAGCUAUGGUGGGUACAUCACCGAUAUCACCAGAACGUGGCCUGUAGGCGGAAGAUUCAGCGACCCACAGCGGGAGUUGUAUGAGGUCGUCCUCGGCGUACAGCGCACAUGCGUAAGUCUUUGUCGUGCCGAUGCGCGGCUCUCGCUCGACCAAAUUCACCGUAUCGCAGAGAACGGGCUCAAAGACGCCCUCAAAGGCUUAGGAUUCGAAAUGGGCUCCGGAGAUGGUGUGUUGAAUGAGUUGUUUCCGCAUCAUUUGGGGCAUUAUUUGGGCUUGGAUAUACAUGACUGUCCGGGGUAUACGCGAGGCAAGGCGUUGGUUGAGGGACAAGUUGUGACCGUUGAGCCAGGGAUUUAUGUGCCCGACGAUGAAAGGUAUCCGAAGGCGUUUCGAGGAAUUGGGAUCAGGAUCGAAGAUAGUGUAGCAGUGGGAGAGGAAAACCCAGUAUUACUGACGACGGAGGCAGUGAAGGAGGUUGUCGAUAUUGAGGCGUUGAGGGAUUGAGUUGUUUGGGUAUAGUGAGGUGUCGGAUGAAGUGUAGGAUAAAAGUUUUACAUGUACGA